CGGAUGCGGACCGAGUGUCACAUGAAUUGCGACUAAAAGGAUAGCAGUUUACAUUCAAAUAGUUUUAAUUCUGUACAGGCUUCCACCACUAAAAUGGCUAGAUCUACUCGGCAAAAAUGACACAUCACCGCACUUAAUGAACCCGCAGUAGCCUUUAGUUUCUUCUAUUUAAACCUUGUUAGGACUUUCCGAAAAUGUCCAAUUGAAAUCUCUCUGCUUGUUGGAGGAGUUGGAAGAGAGGUUGAACGUUGUGCUUUCCCAAGAGGCUGAUAAGUGUUGUAAUUUGGUCUCAAUACAGGAGAGAGUUUGUGUGUUGGAGACUUUGUUUGCUAGAAAAUUGCACUUCUUUUUUUAUUUCUGAAGUGCUUCACUUUCUGUGAAGAUGUUUAAGGUCCCUCAGCCUCAAGUCGCAGGACAUGAAGCGGGCAUCGGGAAGCUGGGUCCCCUCGUGGAUGAAUCAAGGCGCUUCUACAAGCCUCUGCAAGGUGAUGAACGAGGGUCCAAUGAGGUUGCAUUCUAUACUUCAUUGUCUACUAACAGUGGGAUCCCGAAACACAUUCAAAGAUUUUUCCCCACCUUUUAUGGCACUCAGCUCGUAGAAGCAUCUGAUGGAUCUGGCAUGCUGCCUCACUUGGUCUUGGAUGAUCUUGCAUUAGGUCGUGUCAGUCCUUCAGUUAUGGACAUUAAGAUUGGUUCAAGAACCUGGGCACCCGAAGCAUCCGAGAAAUACAUUGAAAAGUGCUUAAAAAAGGAUCGAGAAUCAUCAAGCCUUUCAUUAGGAUUCAGGAUAUCGGGGUUGCAAAUCUAUAGAAGCAAAGAACUAGGGUUCUGGAAACCUGGAAAGAAAGCUGCUCAGAAACUCUCUGCAGAGGAAGUCAAGUUAGUCCUGAGAAGGUUUGUUUCUUCUAACACAUUGAAAGAUUUGGAUUCGAAACCAGACUGCGCUUUCGCAUCAACUGGUUAUGGCGGCUCUACUGGCAUUUUAUCUCAGUUACUGGAGCUGAAAUCCUGGUUUGAGGAUCAAAUAAUAUUCCAUUUGUAUUCUUGCUCAAUUCUGUUGAUCUUUGAAAAAGAGCUGGCAAUGGAAGGAAAGAAUCCAGGUGCGCAAAUCAAGCUGAUUGACUUUACUCAUGUUUACGAAGGACGAGGUGUCAUUGAUCAUAACUUCUUGGGUGGUCUCUGCUCGUUAAUAAAAUUCAUAGCUGAAAUUCUUACUGCUUCUAGUGAGUGCAGAAAAGAAGCUUCUACAAAAGCCGAUAAGCGCAGAGCACUUGUGGCUAUGUUUAGACAAAGCAUCAGCUGUAAAAUUGGCCUCUCUAUAGAUGUGGUUGCAUUGGAAAGCUUGGAAUUGGUGGCUGAUUUCCUACAGCUUCUGUUUCUUCCAAUAGAUAAUGUUAACCUUGAGCUCAUGAGUGCAUUUGUCCACAAGAAGGACCAGUUACUUCCAGCUAGUAGGCCAGCUGAUGUAAGGGUUCCAACAUAUGAAUAUGGGGAUGCAUUGGAUGAUAAGCUUAUGCACAUCAUUCUUGUAUUUGGUCAACUACCAUCUCAUUAUCAAUUAUCUAAGAGGUGUGUAUUCCUUGCUAAUCCCCAUAAAAUCUGCAAACAAGCUCUAUGUCUUCCUUCCAAAGUGUCCAGAUACAAAAACAUGGCCAAUGGUGUCCUAGCCAGAGGAGAAAGUAAAUUCUCCACUGCUAUUUUGUUUCCAAAAGGGUUGAUCAGGCUACUGAGGGUGGUGCUUCCAGAUCUGAGAUUGUCCAGUAUGCCAUUUGUUGGUGAUGGGGCUGGACCUUUGACAUUAUUGGCUUUGAGAAACUCACUCUAUAAAGUGUUCUUGGAGGGGAACUAG